AUGAGCACUCAUGUUACCAACUACUGGUGUAGCCUUGUUCUGUGGCAACUGACAGCAUUUGUGCAUGUCUCAACAGCAUACAGUAACUGUGACCAUAAAGCACCACAAGAAAUUGUGUAUCCUGCCCGUGGCAACUACAUGAAACUAAUAGAACUUGCAGAGAAUAUGGAUCCUGAAAAUCUUGAGAAACUGACUCCAAGGUUGCUGGGAAAUCUACCCAACACAUAUGUAUACACAAAAUCACUUGCUGAAAAUGUGAUAAAUGACUUUAGAGACUUGUUACCAGUGGCAAUACUUAGACCGUCAAUAGUUUGUCCUGCCUUGAAAGACCCCUUUCCAGGAUGGGUGGAUACCCAUAAUGGACCUAUGGGAUUAUUAAUUGGAGCUUCCUCGGGAAUCCUGCGGUCAUUGCGAGGCGAUGGUAACAUGCAUACUGAUCUUCUGCCAGUGGACUUUGUUGCCAAUUCUCUGAUAGCAGCUGCAUGGGACACAGCUGGCAACAAGUGGUGUAAAAUGCCAGUAUACAACUGUACAACAAGUUCAGAUAUGCCAGUGACAUGGAAUGAACUUGUAAAGAUUGGACAAGAUCUGUACACACAGUUUCCCUCCCCAAAGAUGCUGUGGUACCCCAGUGGAGCCAUUCAUCGAAACUGUAUUGUGUACAUCAUAUGUCUUGUCCUGUUCCAGUUUCUACCAGCAAUCAUUGUUGAUGCGGCAUUUGUACUUUCUGGGAAGAAACCAUGGUUAUUUAAACUACAAAAGAAAAUAUAUGAAGCUGGAGAGAAUGUGAAAUAUUUCAUUCUUAAUGAGUGGUCAUUUCCAAACCAGAAUCUUAAAGACCUUCAGCACAGGCUAAAUAAACAUGACCAGCAGCAAUUUAGUUUUGAUGCAACAAGGAUUGACAUAUCUGAUUACAUAAAACUGUGGGUACUUGGUUAUAGGAGGUUCAUAUUAAACCUGGAUGAUGCCAGUAUCACAAAAGCAAAAUUGAAACUGAGAAGGCUGUAUAUAAUUCACUUAGUGGCAAAAAUUGCACUUUGUUUAAUCCUUUCAUGGAUUGCAGUGCAUUUAUGCUUUAAAUUGAGAUGAUUUAAUAUGGCAGGACACCAGCACAUUUGUACAUAAA